AUGCCUGUCUUUUUCUCUCUCGUUGCCUUAGCUGUUUUCCUUGUCCAUGUACAAGCCCAGACCGUUACUGUCCAAGCCGGUACCACCUUCCAAACUAUGGACGGAUUUGGCUUUUCGGAAGCAUUCGGCCACGCAAAUGAUUUAUUCAAGCAGGCCGCCCUCUUUCUCGUUUGCUACCCUGCUUCCGAACAAAAGCAGGUUCUUGAUUUACUCUUCGACCAGAAUGUAGGCGCUGGUAUGACGAUCAUCCGGAAUCGCAUUGGAUCGGGCGGGUCUGGAGAUAGCAUUCUGCCAAAUAAGCCGUCGUCUCCGUCAGCAACUCCAUCGUACGUCUGGGAUGGUAGCGAUGGACACCAAGUGUGGUUCUCUCAACAAGCUAUGGACUACGGCGUCAAGACUAUCUAUGCAGAUGCGUGGAGUGCGCCUGGCUUUAUGAAGACCACGGGUACAGAUGCUAAUGGAGGAACGCUAUGUGGUGUAACUGGGUCGACUUGUUCAUCUGGUGACUGGAAGCAAGCAUAUGCCAACUUCCUCACGCAGUACAUCAAGUACUACGCACAAGUUGGCGUGACUAUAACACAUGUCGGCUUUCUCAAUGAGCCAGAAUAUACGCCGAGUUACUCUUCGAUGAACUCUAACGGUCAACAGGCUGCAGACUUCAUCAAGGUCCUCUCACCCACCCUGAAAGCAGCUGGACUCUCUACAAAGAUCACAUGCUGCGAUUCAGAAGGGUGGAAUAAUCAAGUCACGAUGACCAAUGCCAUUAACUCUGCUGGAGCACUCAGCCUCCUUGGUACCGUCACUUCCCAUUCGUAUACAUCGUCCCCUGGCUCCAGUCAAAUCAACACGACCCUCCCCGUCUGGCAGACGGAGUAUGCUGAUCUCAGCAAUCCAGUCAACCCCAAUAACUGGUAUAGCAGUGGAGCGUCGGGCGAAGGCUUGACAUGGGCUAAUCGCAUCUUUGACGGAAUUGUCAACUCCAGGCUAUCUGCAUAUCUCUAUUGGAUCGGCGCAGAGCCAGGCACAACCAACAGCGCACUGAUCUUGACUAGUGGAACCUCUGUGACAGUGUCCAAGCGACUGUGGGCAUUUGCUCAGUGGUCGCGGUAUGUUCGUCCCGGCGCUGUGCGUCUCGGCACCUCCAUUGUUACUUCUGGCAGUCUCAAGUUCAGUGCAUUCAAGAAUCCCGAUGGCCGUGUUAGCGUUCAGGUGAUAAACAAUGGGGGUAGUGCUUCUGCUGUGAGUGUAGCCGCGAAUGGAUUCACCAUCGGUUCUGCAACCGCCUUCGUGUCGUCUCAAGGCAACGAUCUCGGCUCUUUGUCGGUAAAUUUAAGCGGAGGCUCGGUUUCUGGGAGCGUUCCUGCCCGCUCGAUGGUUACUUUCCUUCUCAAUACCUCUAGCACAGGAGGUGUAACGACGACCGUGACUACCAGCCGCGCCUCAUCGACGACGUCAGCUAGUACUACCCCACCUCCGACAGGAUGCGCGUCAGCCCAAUGGGAACAAUGUGGCGGAGUAAAUUGGACUGGAUGCACGAGCUGCGUGUCUGGGACGAAGUGCACAUACUCCAAUGACUAUUACUCUCAAUGUCUUUAG